UCUGCAAAGCGUGCCUCACCAUCCUUGCGGCGUCUCGUCGUUAUCCAACAAGACCGGUUUGGAAUACACAAAAUGUAUUCCGAAAACAAAUUAGACGUAGUAUCGAACAGACAGACGUAAUACAGAUUCAAUUUAAAGACUAGCUCGCCGUUAGGAAACAACGCAUAUUGACAUCGAGUACCAGUGUCACUCCACUUGCGUUUGGUAAAGCUGUUUAAAUGUGCUUUCCAUCAGAGACGUGUACCAAGGUUAGAUUAAUCCAUAUUUCGAAACAUUGCUUUAUCAUAGAUAUUAGCCAUCUACAGUGGCAGAUUUGCGUUUGUGUUACUCGUCAAUAGCCUACCUAUCUGGCUACGUAUCAACGCAUUUUGGAUUUGUCAAUAGAAUAGGCUACAAGAGGACGCUUUGCAGUAGCCUAUAGGCCUGUUCUCCUUGUAAUAGUAUCUGGAUAACGAUUCACUCGUAUAAAAGUAGUUCUUCAAACAUCUAGCAAGCGCCACCAUUAAUAUCAGACACAAUGGCUGAUGCUAGCACGGAAUGCAACAUCAAGGUGUUAUGUCGUUUUCGUCCUCUGAAUCGAUCUGAAAUCAUCCGCGGAGACAAAUUCAUCCCUAAAUUCCAAGGUGAUGAUACCGUGAGCAUUGGGGGCAAGUCCUACGUGUUUGACCGCGUGUUUCCCACCAACACCACUCAGGAGCAGGUGUACAACACCUGUGCCAAGCAGAUCGUUAAAGAUGUGCUGGGAGGAUACAAUGGUACCAUCUUUGCUUAUGGCCAGACCUCCUCUGGAAAAACCCACACCAUGGAGGGUAAACUGCAUGACCGCCAGAACAUGGGCAUCAUCCCCAGGAUUGCUGAAGACAUCUUCAACCACAUCUGCACCAUGGAUGAAAACCUGGAGUUCCUCCUCAAGGUUUCCUACUUUGAAAUCUACAUGGACAAAAUCCAUGACCUGCUGGAUGUGACUAAAACCAACCUGGCCGCCCAUGAGGACAAGAACAGGGUCCCCUACGUGAAGGGUUGCACCGAGCGCUUCGUCUCCAGCCCAGAGGAGGUGAUGGACGUCAUCGACGAGGGCAAAGCUGCCCGUCACGUGGCCGUCACUAGUGACUCCUGCAGUCACAGCAUCUUCCUGAUCAACAUCAAGCAGGAGCAUGUGGAGACGGAGCAGAAGCUCUGUGGCAAACUCUACCUGCUGGACCUGGCUGGCAGUGAGAACGUCAGCAAGACUGGUGCAGAGGGAGCUGUCCUGGAUGAGGCUAAAAACAUCAACAAAUUUCUGUCCGCUCUCGGCAACGUGAUCUCUGUGACGAAAACUCAUGUGCCGUACCGUGACAGCAAGAUGACGCGUAUCCUGCAGGACUCUCUGGGCGGUAACUGCCGCACCACCAUGUUCGUCUGCUGCUCCCCCUCAAGCUACAACGAUGCCGAGACCAAAUCCACCCUGAUGUUUGGCCAACGGUGAGAACCCCA